CCUUUCGGGGAGGUUUUCAAAGCAAAGCAUCGCCAGACGGGCAAAAAAGUGGCGCUGAAGAAAGUGUUGAUGGAGAAUGAAAAAGAAGGGUUUCCAAUCACAGCUUUACGGGAGAUUAAAAUCCUGCAGUUGCUCAAGCAUGAAAAUGUGGUCAAUCUCAUUGAAAUUUGCCGGACUAAAGCCUCUCCCUACAAUCGCUGCAAGGGCAGCAUUUAUCUGGUCUUUGAUUUCUGUGAACAUGACCUGGCAGGCCUGCUCAGCAACGCCCACGUCAAGUUCACCCUCUCGGAGAUCAAGAAAGUAAUGCAGAUGCUCUUGAACGGCCUCUAUUACAUUCACCGGAAUAAGAUCCUGCACAGAGAUAUGAAAGCCGCCAACGUGCUCAUCACACGGGACGGCGUCUUGAAGUUGGCCGAUUUUGGCUUGGCCCGAGCUUUUAGCCUGGCCAAAAACAGCCAGCCGAACCGCUACACGAACCGGGUGGUCACUCUGUGGUACCGUCCUCCAGAGCUGCUUCUGGGAGAACGAGAUUAUGGGCCACCCAUCGAUCUUUGGGGCGCGGGCUGCAUCAUGGCGGAGAUGUGGACUCGGAGCCCCAUCAUGCAGGGGAACACAGAGCAGCACCAGCUCACCCUGAUCAGCCAGCUCUGUGGGUCCAUCACCCCGGAGGUCUGGCCCAACGUGGAUAAAUAUGAGCUCUAUCAGAAGUUGGAACUCCCCAAAGGGCAGAAGCGCAAAGUGAAAGAGAGGCUGAAGGCCUACGUCAAAGAUCCGUACGCCUUGGAUCUCAUCGACAAGCUGCUGGUUCUGGAUCCAGCCCAGAGGAUAGACAGCGACGACGCCCUGAACCACGACUUCUUCUGGUCGGACCCCAUGCCUUCCGAUCUCAAGAACAUGCUCUCCACCCAUAACCAGUCCAUGUUCGAGUACUUGGCUCCGCCCAGGAGGAGGGGCGGGCACAUGCCCCAGCAGCCGGCCAAUCAGGGCAGGAACCCAGCUGCGACCAAUCAGACCGAGUUCGACAGGGUCUUCUGAACGACGCGGGUCAAGGAGAUGGAUAUUUUAAUGUACGGCGGUUUCUUAGAUUUCUUCUUUUUUUUUGUCAUGGAACAAUGGAAUAGUUGAAUUCGGAUGAUUUUCGGGUCUCCUGAGGAGGAAAGCGGGGGCCCGGUUUGGCUGACGCCAGGCAAGCCAAUACGCAGACUGUCUGAGGACCUCCGUGGAACUUGUGGCGGUUGCCCAGAGCGCAUCGUUGGCCUUUCUGAAAGGCGUUCUGGCUUCCUGAAAUGCUUUGUUCAGCUCCUGCUCUUGGAGAGCUUUCUGGACGCAGCGUGGCUGGCAGCAGCCGGUGGCUGUAAGUUGAACCCUUUGCUGCAGGGAGACAAGGUGUGGCGGAGCAAGGGAGGGGUAAGCGGUCUGCACGUGGGCAAGAACCCCGAUUCUGGGUCCCCGGUCUUCUGGCCACGUCCUCCCUCUGCCACAGAUUUGGAUGGGCAGACGGGUGACCCCCGAUGUGCUCCCAGCGUUUGUCUUCCUUGGACUGUUGCUGCAUGGGGACCGCCUCUUCUUCUACCCCACCAUUUUAUUUUGCAACUUUUUUUAAAAAAUCCUGCUUCCCAGGGUAGUAAAAUCUGACAUUCCGAGGUGUUUUUCCUACCCUUUUAGCUUAGCUCUGGCUGAGUACAUUGCAGGAGUUAAGUAAUUAAAAAAGAAGACGAGCAGCACUGAAAGAUUUGCUUGCUUCUCUCCUUCCCCGUUUCGAGUUCCUGACUCUGGGCGGGAGAACUCUCCAGACUGAAUCUCAUCAUGUUUGCUUGUUUUCUUUGCAUCGUGCUGUGACGGAUCUUCCCAAAAGUCAUUAAAUUUAAUGAACACAUUCAUGACCUGCUUUGGUGGACUGCAGCCGCGUUCUUAAAUGCACGAAGCGCUGAGUUGGUGCAUACGGAUCAUUUAAAGUGAAUUAGCAUGGGAGGGAGGAGAAGUAAUGAACGAAGCUGCAGGAAAUGCAAAAAAAAAAGAUAAAUUAAAGUUGUGGAAAACGGU